GGCAGACGAUUUGGAGUUCUUCAGUAGCUAUCCUUGGGGAAAAGGAAUCAAUUAAACUCACUCUGGACUACUUGAAGAACAAGAUAGACAUUCCCAAGCACCACCAAGUGCACGCGGAGAAAAGGGUUGCAUCAUAUGCUCUCUAUGGCUUCUCCUGGGCAUUCAUGGUAAAUAUUAUAGACCACUGGUGCAGUAGAGUAUAGACUGUGUCUUGUUUAUUUUUCACUCAGUUUUUAUUUCUGCGAUUACAGGUCUGGGCCUAUGAAGCUUUUCCCGCACUUGGAGGGAAUGCUGGGAAAUCAGAGGAGGUUCCUUUCCCUAUUCUUAGGAUUCUUAGGUGGCACAUGAAGAAAAUGGAGCGAUUUGCUAAAGGAGAUCCAUUUAAGAGAGCUGGAGUUAUCGAAAUGGUGCACCCUUACCUCAUCCCUACAGUGCGUGAGUUGGAGCAGGAUUACAUGAAAAAUCUGCUGCCAUAUGAUGAUGAAAAUAAUGACCCAAUCAUUGAUGAGUUGGAGCGUGAACUUGAAGGCGUGACUGUUUUGAUUACACCAAAAAAUUCCUCGAAGGCUUCUAGUAGGAAGGGGAAGGAGUCCAUGGAGAAUUUUGAUGAGGACUAUACUCAAGAGGCCGAAGAUAAUCAUUCGGAAGAUCUUGGUGGUAAUUCAGCCGCAAAAGAUAAUGUUGGUGUUGGGACAUCUAUGGGCCGUGCUGCACCAAGUGGGCAGGUAGAGCAUGAGCAACUGAAGCAGCGUGUGGAGAAGAUUGAGGAGUCUUUGAAGGUUCUUGUCACUUAUAUUGAGGGGGAAAGAAUUAGAAAGAGCGAGAAGGCGAAGAAGAAGAAGGAGACUCUCAAUGAAGCUGCUGGUGAGGUUGAGGUUGAUGUUGAUCAGCCAAUUGCUCGACAUAUCGAUGUGCCAAAUGCUCAAGAUGUUCAUGUGCCAAGUGCUCAAGAUCUCUCUGUGCCAACUGAUCAAGAUCUCCUCGCUGUGUCUGCUACUGAAGUUGAGAAGGAGUCUGCUACUGAAGUUGCGAAUGAAAAAGAAGUCUCUGCUGCUGAAGUCGAGAUCCCUGUUGCUGAAGGAGAGAAGGAAAAAGAAGUCCCCGCUGAUGAAGUUGAGGUACAAAAAGAAGUCCCCAAUGAUGAAGCUGAGAAUGAAAAAUAAGUCUCUAAUGAUGAAGCUAAUGUUGAGUUUGACGCUGACAAAGUUGUGUCGACUGUUGUCGAGGAAAUUAAUGGCUCCAUUAAGGAGUAAUUUGAUAUUUGGGUUGUAACAAACAAUUAAUUUGUGUGUGGUGGAUGA